AUGAAGGACUACGCUAUAGAGAUUCAUCAUCAUCCCGGCAAAGCUAAUGUAGUAGCAGACGCACUAAGUCGAAAAACGACCAAAAGUUUGGCAUGUACACUCAUUCUCCGCAAGAUCCAUGGAUUGCUCGCCAACAUAAUCGUGGAACCCGAGUUGAUGGAAGAAAUUAGAGCCCGCCAAUGUGAAGACAAACUUUUGAAGAAAAAGUACGAGGAACAAGGAAACACGCCUGAUCCUGACUUUACAAUUAGCAAUGGGAUACUAAAAUUUCGAAAUCGAUUUUGUGUACCCGACCUUCCAGAACUUAAGAAAAGGAUACUAGUAGAAGCUCAUAACUCGAGGUUUGCAAUCCAUCCUGGCAAUACAAAGAUGUAUCACGAUCUGAAGGAACACUUCUAG